AAUAAAACUAGCCGUUACAAAAACCAGGAGCGUCAAAAGCUCAACGUACUUCUUUCCCUCUUCCAUUGAUGAAUGCAUCAAGAACCAGAAAACCCUAACCAAACAAUCAGCAAUACCACAAAAACCCUAAUUCUAAUCAACAAUUACAUUGCUUUUCCAGUGACUUUAAUGGAUUCCAACUCCAAAUCCACUAGGCUAAUUACGCCUAAGAAAUGCUCCAAGAAUACCGAAAAUUUGAACCCCAAUGUCGAAAACAGUCCAGUUUUUUCAAAAUCUUGUAAAUCACCAUUGAUUUCCAAAUCGGUGACGAAAACCCAGAAACCAGUUUCAAGAAACACUAACACAAAUUCAAAUCAAUUGUCUUCACCUUCACCGAAAAACAAGAUUCGUCAGAGGAAGUUUGUGAUCGCGAAGAAGAAGAAGACUAAUGGAGAUAAUCUGAACCCUUCAAUGGUUUGUAAGUGUAAUAAUAAGGCUGGUGUUGAGAAAAAGAAGUGUCUUUGUGUUGCUUAUGAGACUCUCAGGGCUUCUCAAGAAGAGUUCUUCAAGAAUCGCGGUGGAAAUGAUCUUGAUGAGAAUGAAUUAGAGAAGUUGGAUCGCGACGAGUCUUUGAUUCAAAACACUGAGAUGUCAAAACAAGACGUGGGUUCGGGUGAAAAGAGGGGGAGGGAAAGGUUGUUGGAACAAGUAGGACAAAGUGUACCUGAAAAUAGUGCUGGAAAAGUGAAGCAUUUAGUUAAGGCUUUUGAGAAGCUGCUCUCAAUGCCCAAAACAGAUGAGUGUGAGGAGAAAGUGGAAAAAGAUGAAAAGGAAGAAGAAGAUUGUAGAAAGGGACAAAAAUGGGCAUUGCCUGGCUUACAGACACAGGUAUCCGCCGUUUCUUCGUUUUGUCCAUCGGAUUUUUUCCUCACUACCGAGAGUUUAGGCUUGGAUCCACGUCGUGCCUCCUCAUUGGAUAGCAGCAACGGAUGCUUCAGUAAUUCAAGCAGGACAUCAGGUGAUGGUCGAAGGAGCAGACGCGAUAGUGCUGAAUCAGCAGGCACAUUUACUAGAAGAAACUGGAAGAGAAGACAGCAGCUCAAAGCGACCUCCCAAAAGCCCUUCAAACUUAGAACUGAGGAAAGGGGAAAAGGUAAGGAGGAAGAAUUUUUUAAGAAAGUGCAACAAAUGGCGGAGGAAGAGGAGAAACAGCGGAUACCAAUUGCACAAGGCCUUCCAUGGACGACAGACGAGCCAGAGUCUUUGUCAAAGCCUCUGGUAAAAGAGAUCACAAGGCCAGUUGAUCUGGUGCUGCACAGUGACAUUAGGGCUGUUGAACGUUCUGAGUUUGACCAUCAGGUUGCAGAAAAAUUGAGCUAUAUUGAACAAUACAAAAUGGAAAGAGAGAGACUACAGAAGAUGGCUGAGGAAGAAGAAAUUAGGAGGCUGAGAAAGGAACUUGUUCCGAAAGCUCAACCAAUGCCCUACUUUGACAGGCCUUUCAUUCCUAGAAGGUCAGUAAAAAAUCCUACCAUGCCAAGAGAUCCAAAGUUCCAUAUACCUCAACACAAGAAGAUCAAGUGCUGUAUGUCUUUGAAUGAUAUGUACAUACACAACAAGAACGAAUGGGGAUGCAGCGAUGAACUUUGAGGGAGUGUCCUGCAUAUCAUCGAUUCAUAUUCUUUUAUUCAGUGUGUAUAUGAAGCAAUAAUUUUUCUUAAUCGUCUCAAUGUUGAUAGAGGAAAAGGAAACAGUGUUUUUGGUACAAUAGUAUGCCAUCUUAAUCAACAACUCUCUAUUGGCACAAUCAGAGUACUUCUGUGAUUAUGCUUAUGAAUGAGAACAUUUUGAUCCUCCAGUUUUUUCCAUUGAAAUGAUUGUUGAACUUACUCU